AAUAAUGUCACGACAGUUUUUGCUGCAAUUUUUGUGUUUUUUGCUGGGCGUUUUCACAGUAAAGGCGCUCGAAGUGAGGUCUUGUAGUUCGAAGAAGCCCCUGCCGUUGGGAGUUACGGUCGAUGGAUGCGAGAAGGAGCCUUGUAAAGUUGUGAAUAAGAAGAAAAUUCAUUUUGCGAUCGAUUUUGAAGCACCGGAAGACACAGAAAAACUACGUGCUCAUGCCGAAGCGUAUCUCGACAACGUUCAACUCCCAUACGAAGUCCCAAAAGAAGACUUAAAUGCCUGUAAAUUCCUUAAAAACGCAGAAUGCCCCCUGAAAAAGGGUCAAAAAGUGCAUUACGAACUAAUUGCACCUGUCGAUGCGCCAAUUACGGGCCCCACAGUCGACUUAAAGUUCGAACUCAAGGACGAUCACGACAAUUCCGUCUUUUGCAUUAGAGCAAAAGUAACAAUUGUGGAAAAAUAAAAGUGUACAAUGUAAAUACUUUCAAUAAGUAACGCUUUCAUUAUUUUCAUUCGCUUACUCAAUCAAUAGCAUCAAUAAAAAAAAGUUGAAAAUAACAAAAAACUUUCAUUAAAAAGUAAUAUUUUGUUAACUUUUUAAUCUUAGAGCGAUUACAAAUAACACCAUUA